AUGGUGAUUGGGGAAAGCUCGGUGACGAGAAUUCUUAUUAACACUGGAAGCUCGGUCAAUGAGAUAUUCAAGGAUGUACUUAUCCAGAUGGAAAUCGAUCUGAGCAACACGACCCACGAAACGCAACCCCUGACGGGAUUUGACGGAGACACCAUCAUGACUGUCGGAACCAUAACACUUCCAAUCUCUAUCGGCGGCACGAUGCAGUGCUUUAACUUUGCAAUUGUGGACAAACCCAUCGUCUACAAUGUCAUUCUGGGAACACCGUGGCUUCACAAGAUGCGCGCCGUUGCUUCAACUUACCACCAAUGCGUCAAGUUUCCAAACGCGUACGGUAUCUACACGUUGCGUGGAGAUCCUAUGAUGGCACAAACUUGCUUCAUCAUCGAGAAGAAGAUGCAGAAUACGAGGGCUUUUGUAAUUGCCGAAUCAGCACCACCGCGAGAUCCACACACACCACCUCCGAAAGAGUCUGUGAUUCAAGUCAACAUUGAUUUGUCCGAUCUCAAGCGUUGCGUCGGAAUAGGCGCCGAGCUACCAAUAGCUCUGAGGGACGAGCUCGUUCAGUUCCUGCGUCAGAACGCGACCACGUUUGCCUGGCGAUAG